GGUGAGUGGUUGUUGCUUAGGAGCGGUGGGCUCUAUAAUAGUGGGUCGUCUGAUUAAUCUGUAGAGUGUAGUGGGAUCGGUAGCGAUCGAGUCAUGACUGAGCUCCUGGAAGAUGAGGCCCGCCUGCUGGAUCUCUUGUCGUUGGUCAUGGUUCUCAUGGGACUUUUAUCAUUCGCCUUCUUGAGGUUUAUCCGUAUGCCCUAUGGACGCUAUGCCAGCUCGACCUUUGGCCCACCGAUUCCUGUGCGGUUGGCUUGGUUCAUCCAAGAGCUGCCCUCUCUGGUUGUGUCCUUUUAUUAUGUGUCAUCCCAGCCCGAGCUACCAACACCAGCCCUGGUCCUAAUGGGAUUCUUCAUCUGUCACUACAUUCAGCGAACACUUAUUUUCCCAUUUUUGAUUCGUGGAGGAAAGCCUACACCACUUGCUUCCUUUGCUCUUGCAUUCACUUUCUGUUGUUAUAAUGGAUACUUACAAAGCAGUUACUUGUGCAAGCAUGCUACUCUCCCUUCUAACUGGACACAUGACCCAAGAUUUAUUGCAGGUUCCGUACUGUUUUUCUGUGGAAUGUUUAUCAAUGUUUAUUCUGACCACAUACUACGGAAUUUAAGGAAACCCGGGGAGACGGGCUACAAAAUACCCCAUGGUGGAUUGUUUGAAUAUGUCUCUGGAGCAAAUUUCUUUGGUGAAAUUGUUGAAUGGUCCGGAUUUGCAGUAGCUGGUUGGUCAACUCCUGGAGCUGCUUUUGCCAUAUUCACUGUGCUGGUUCUCUUAUCCCGUGCACAGCAGCAUCAUCAAUGGUAUCUUGAGAAAUUUGACAACUAUCCCAAAUCAAGAAAAAUUCUGGUACCAUUUGUGUAUUAAACUGGAAAUGGUAUGAUAAAACAGGACAGUUUUA